CCCAGCGUGCAGGCUCGGAGAAGCAGGGCAGUGGAAUAGCCACGGGACCAUCAUCCUGGUAAAGGAGCAGGAGGCUGAUUUCUGGGGUGCACACAGCCCCCUGGCCUCCGGUGUCAGCGUCACGUCCUCUUCUUGCAAGGCUCCAAAACCACAGCCACAUUUCCUGCCUGCCUCACUGGGGAGUUGCAGGCGGAGCGCAGCCCACGACGCCCCUGGGUUUGGGACCUCAGCAGCGACAGCCACCGGUGCUGCAGCUCGGGGUCCCUCAACAUCCCCCGGCACAGGUCCCAUGGCACUGGGCUACACCGUGCUGCUGGCACUGCUGCUCAGCACCCUGCAGGACUGCAGGCCCCGGCCCAUGCAGCAGGACCUGCAGUGGGUCUGGGGGGCAGCAGAGAUCCCGGCUGAGCCCCCGCUGCCCUUGCGCAGAAGAAGAGCUGAUGCUGGACCCCACAGCACCACUGUGAUGCCUGUUAGCAAUGAGAUUGCAUCCCCUGGGCAUGACAUGCUGAUGGAGCCGGAUAACACCACUGGGCAGCCCAAACCUUUGGUGGUCACCACAGCAGGUGAAAUGGAUGACUCCACUGAGCCUCAUGCACUGCUGGACACGGAGGCAGACAACACCUCCAGCCAGGCCUUGGUGCCGACCACGGCCGGUUCCUUGGAUGAGACCGAUUCCCCCCAGUCUCAGCUCUUGGGCACAAAGUCACCACCGCAGCCAGGCAACACCCCCAGGCAAGCCAAGGCCUCGCUGGUCACCACAGUGAAUCCAUUGAAUGAGACCAACACCCCUGAGCCCACUGUGCCGCUGGGCUCAGAGCUGACAUCAAAGAUGAACGACAGCACCAGCAAAGCCAAGGCCUUGGUGGUCACCACAAUGGAUCCUUUGGAUGAGACCGACUCUCCUGAGACAGCGCCCGGCACAGCACCCCAAAGCGGCAGCACCCUUGUGCCCAACCAGCUGAUGGAAUCCACAGGGCAUGGCACGGAUGGGACCGUCACCAGUGACACGGACAUCUCCACGGAGCCAGGCUCAGCUCUACUCCCCACCACCACAUUUUCCAAAAAAACUGGCUCUCGCCCUCCAUGGGAGGUGGACACAACACCUUUAUCCAUGAAACCAUGGGGGACCACAGCGUCGGAGCCCUCCGAUGACCUGUGGGACAACAGCUCGCUGAUGAACAAGUGCCUGCUGGCCAUCCUGCUGCUGGCACUGGUGGCCGGGCUCUUCAUGGUGUGCACGGCAGUGCUGGGCACCUUGCUUUGGCGGCGGGUGAGGACGGCUCGUCGGCAGCUUGGCCCCACCGAGAUGAUUUGUAUUUCCUCACUGCUGCCCGACAGCGAGCGUGCUGCCAGCAAUGGUCCCCGGCGUGGCAUCCCUGUGCGUCACAGGCUGCUGGUCGAUGCCAGCUCUGAAGCUGAUGGUGAUAACCUGACGCUCAGCAGCUUUCUGCCGGAGCAUUCCUGAAGCAUCGUGGUGAUGGAACAGCGUGGGGUCCGCCGCUGGUGCCACCACUGUUCGCCUUGGAACUGUAUGGAAAAGACUCAUCCACCCCAUUAAAAUGCCUCUGCUACA